UUGAGAUAAACGUAUGCAACAAGCAAGGGAUUUUAUUUUGUAUGAAGGAUCGAAGUACUAACAUAUAUAAAGGGUGACAAUGUUUUAGUCAAUCAGACAUUGAAAAUGUGCAUUAAAAAAACCCACACAAGCAAUAUUCACAUGUUUUAAUAAUUACACAGGUGUUUUCAGCAAAUAUACAAAACAAAGUUGAACAUGUAAACUAAAUGAAACAAAAUCCCUAGGAGGGACAAAGUAUAAAGGCAAAGGUCACGGUUUAAGAUGCCUACAAAGGAGGAUACGAAAGCAAAAAAGGCAUCAGGCAAGUCCUCGCAUCAUUGCAUCUGCCACAAAGAUGCGAAGAAAGAAAAGAAAUCACAAAAAAGUAAGCAGAUAAACCAUUCGUCACAGCAGGGUGCUUCAAAGGGUAUGAAGCAACGAUCCCCUUUUUGUGCAGGCUUCCACUAUAACACCCGAAAAUUCUCUUAUAGUUUAUCAAGCUCUUCCUCUGAAUCAGAAUCUUCUGAAGAAGAAUCGUCAUCGGAUGAAGAUGAACAACCAGCGAUGCAAUAUGUUCCCCAAAUGUUGAUGGACCCUAAUAUUUAUUCGUACUAUGGCCAAGGACCGCCAAUGGUAGGACCUCUGAUGGUAGGCCCGAUGGCUGGUUCUGACAUGGGACCGGCUGUAGGCCCGCUGAUGGGGGGCCAACCAAUGGCAUGUCCUUCAAUGGGAUAUUCCAUGGGCCCUUCAAUGGGUUACUAUCCGCCUGCACAGAUAUAUUAUCAGCCACCGCCGAUGAAUUGGCCACCAGUACCAAUGAUGCAGCAGGACCUUCGACCCUGUCCGUUUGGACCACAAGUGGAACUAACUGUAGGAGGACCACCCGGAUAUGCUGGAAAUCCAUAUGCAAGCUCAGUUAAGAAUGUAGACUCAAGGUAUGCAUUCAACGUCGAACCAAUCCAAGAAGCAAGGAAAGCGCAAUGAUCACUGAUUCCAGUUUACCGAAUAAUUUCACUGAAUAUCCUCAAUGAUAAUAACAGAAUUCCAGUUCCACUAGAUUAUGUGGUCUCCAACAAUGCUGUGCUCUACUUUGAGACUGUUGAAGUUGUAUUCUUUUAAUCAACCUUCGCUGUGACCCGACGGUUUUGGUCGGCAUCUGAAUAAACCAGUCGACCUUUCCUCGAACUGUUUCAAAUUUAUUCUCUAUACAAUUAUAUUAGCUUAAGGACAAA